AUGGGGGAGCUGCGGCCACUCAACAGAUGCUCACAUCUUACUUGUGUUCCCAGGGAUGCCAGAGGAAGGUUUCUGAGUAUGGAUUCAGCUGUCACAGCCAGAGGGACUAAACUCACAACAACAAAUGGAAGUGACCAGGUCUCUUUUAGGAAUUUCACUAUGGAGACUCAGAUCCUGGACUUGUUGGUGAUCAUCACGGCCCUAGUUGGGCUGGCAGGAAACUCUGUGGUACUCUGGCUCCUGGGCUUCCGCAUACAGAGGAAAUCCUUCUCCAUCUACAUUCUCAACCUAGCGGGUGCAGACUUUCUCUUCCUCUGUUUCCAGAUUAUACACUCCCUGAGAAGACUCAUCUCCUCCUCCCCCAUAACUGUAGAGCAGAACUUAAGAUUCCACCUCCACAUCCACAGCUUUUUCACCACUAUGUUUGCCUUCACCUACUUGGCCAGCCUGAGCAUCCUUAGCGCCAUCAGCACUGAGCGCUGUCUGUCUGUCCUGUCCCCCAUCUGGUACCGCAGCCAUCGUCCAAGAAACAUGUCAGUUAUCAUAUGCACCCUGAUCUGGUUCCUGUCUCUACUGCUGAGCACUCUAGAAGGGUCUUACUGUCACACCCAAUCUUGGGAAAACCAAAAAGAAGGAUGUAAGGUAGUAGACUUCAUCACUGCCGCUUGGCUCAUCUCUUUAUUUGUGCUUCUUUCUGGGUGCAGCCUGGCCCUGCUGACCAGACUGUGGUGUGGAUCCCGGCGGGUACCGCUGACCAGGCUGUAUGUGACUGUUGGGCUGUCAGUACUGGUCUUCCUCAACUGUGGUCUGCCCUUAGGCAUCCUCUGGUUCCUCUUAGAAUGGAUUCCUAACUUCUACAUGUCCCACUAUCUCCUCUAUCAGGUUGCAUUUGUCCUGUCCUGUGUCAACAGCUGUGCCAACCCCAUCAUUUACUUCUUCGUUGGAUCCUUUAGACAGUGGCGACAGCAGCAGCAAACUCUCAAGUUGGUGCUAGAGAGGGCUUUGCAGGAUACUCCUGAGGUGGAUAAGAGUGAAGGUGGCUUCCCUCUGGAGACCCAGGGGAUGUCAGGAAGCAGUAAGGUGUCCUGAUUCAGUCUGUGCUUCAGUCACACAGAUGUGACUUUGAGAACCAACGUGUCUCUAUCAGUUUGGAGGUUUCCUUACCUUCUUGCAGCCUCAGAGUCACUGACACUAAGAUGGAUAAGAGAAACCUCCUCCUCCUGAAGAUGGAGUAAGACAGAGCCUGUGAAACAAGUCAGCCUCCCAUGACCUAUCAUGGCCCUAUGUGAGUUUUGAAAAAUUUGGACCUAGCACUGCUUCCAUUUUAAAAAUCCUUCUUCAGCAA